AUGCCUUUCCCUUUUACCUUCGUGUGUGAUUUGUUAGAGCAGGUCCAAGUCCUCGGCAUCAGGCCUGGCAAGGAAAAGCAGCGCGAUGUGAUAUGGAGAUGGUUCGACAAACACAGAGAGCGAAUCGAUCACCUUGACACUCACAUCUCGGCUCUCUUCUCUACAAUGCUUCCCGACAAGAGGACAGACCGGGUGUAUGGCAUUCAAGCCAAGAUACUGCGACAGAUCGUAUGUCGUGCCUUGUGCCUCGGUGCUUCGCGAAUUGCCCAGCUCCGAAGGUACGAGCAACCGGGGAGCGGUGUCGACCUCGCCGAAUGCAUUUCGGCCAUAUUGAAACAAACGCCCAGCCCUCUCUAUGGCAAGGAGAGUCCCGUCACCGUCGAGGAGAUCGAUGAUCUUCUUAACAGUGUUGCGUCCAAAUGCGCAUUCAGUUCGCCAGCUGUCCGCGCCUCCCAGUCUGUCUCGAGCCUCGGGAGCCGCGAGGACCUUGGCCGCCUCUACCUGCGCCUCAACGCCACAGAAGCCAAGUGGUUUACCCGUUUGGUUCUGAAGACUUAUGAGCCAGUUAUCAUUGAUCCCAUGCUUGUAUAUUGUGCGUACGAUGGGCGAUUAGGAAUGAUUCUGAAGGCCCAGGAAGACUUCGAUGUUGCCCUGGAUACGUUACAGAAGCUAAAAGCCCAACCACCUGGCGAAGCGAGAGGCGAUCUCGCGAAGUACAUCAAGCCCGUUCUUGGAACCAAAGUGAGCCGUCAGUUCUGGCGCAAGGGUAGGAGCAUCAAGCAUUGCAUAGACAUUUGCCAUGGAAGGGUCAGUUGUGAAAAGAAAGUCGAUGGCGAAUAUUGUCAGGUCCAUGUCGACCUAAGCGAAGGGCCCCGAUGCAUUCAAAUUUUCUCAAAGAGCGGAAAAGACAGUACUCAGGAUCGCACCGGUGUCCAUCAAGCCAUCCGCAAUUCAUUGGAGCUGGGCAAGUCGGCCCCUAGAAUUGCCAGAGGGUGCAUUCUCGAGGGAGAAUUGGUUGAAGGGAAAAUUGCCCCUUUCCACAAGAUCCGCAAAUAUGUCUCGCGGUCCGGGAGGUUUCUUAAUGCAGAACAGGACUCUCCCCCUGACCCUAAUGAACACUUGAUGAUUGUCUACUUUGACGUCUUGCUCAUCGACGACGAGUCCCUCCUUGGGCUUCGGCAGACGGAAAGAUUCAAGAGGCUAGAGAAACUCAUUUGUCGCCGCCAGGGGCAUGCCGAGAUUGUAGAAAGACAAAUCGUAGAUCUCGCUGGCCCCUCUGGUCCGUCGGAUCUACGAAGGGCAUUUGCCGCCUCCAUCACUUCCCGCAACGAAGGGCUCGUCUUGAAACCGGACGACCCAUAUUUCGACUUUACGCCGUCACGCCGGCCCUUCUCAGGGAGCCCUGUCAAAGUCAAGAAGGAAUAUAUCGGGGCAUUCGGGGAUAUCGGUGACUUUGCGGUCGUCGGGGCCAGCUACAACCCGGUCAAGGCGAAGACUUAUCGAAUUCCCGGCCUCAGGUACACACACUUCUACAUCGCGUGCCUCACCAACAAAGAAGCUGUUCAGCGACACCGCUGUAGACCGCACUUCACCGUGGUGGAGUACGUUGAACUGAACGAGGCGCUGCUCAGAAUGGUCGUGUUCUCUGCCAAUCCGGAGUCUAUACCCCUAGUAGGGAAUGAGGCCAUCGAUCUACGUGUCCCGCCUCGUAUCAUGUCCGAGAAGCCUCCGACGAUGGUAUUUCCCGUCCCCUUGGUCUUCGAUGUCAGGUGCUUCUCAUUCGACAAGCAAGGCAACACUGGGUUCUGGUCGCCCCGUUUUCCCGCAGUAACGAAGGUUCAUCUCGACCGGGACUACCUUGACACGAUCACUUUCACUGAGUUACAAGCCGUCGCCGAGAAGGCCGUGGCUGUGCCCGAGAUGGAGGAUAGUCAAGAGCUCCUAGACUGGAUUGCGAGACUUGAAGGCGCUGACCCUAGAGGUAUUCCUGUCGACGCCGUCACGCAGUCAACCAUAUCGUCUAUGGCGACCCCCUCUCCGAGGGCCUCGUCAGCGAGAGGAUCCGAGUCACCAGCCGCCCAGAGACGACAGAGCCCCAUCAAGCGUCUUCAACCUCUGCCGCCUCUAUUAGAAGAAGAACAGUCGCAGUCGCGUGCACUCGCCACGCCUCCAACAUCCUCGGCUCUGACAGCUAGGCAACUCGCUUCGGGCAGCGCCGAACCCGUCACACCGCAAGGGAAGGGCGUAGACGAACGGUAUUUCGCCCACGAUGCCGAUAACUCACCAUACCGCUGCAAGAAGCGAAGACUAAGCAUACCGCCGGCUUCUUGUCCGGCUCGAUCACAGUCACCAUUGCCCCAGAAGAGUCCUCAACCAACGCAAAGGCGUAGCCCUCUGGCGGAUAUCAGCGUCAACACGUCUCAGACAUCAAACAGGACCACCGGGUCCCAAACAUCACGCUUGCCACCCGGAAAUAGAAAGCACGCUGAGCAAAACAACACCGACGCCAUUUCCGGGGCCGAAGUUCGGCGGACCCUAACGCCCAAGUGCUCCUCAUCAUCCCAAACCCUUCCGGCCCUGACUCCUCCAGUCAAAGGGCGACCCGACAUGUGUCACUUGGGACCCCAGCCCCGGAAACCGAUCAGCUGUCGGUACGUGGGGCCCGGCUGCAUGUUGGGAAGCCGAGACUUUCUCCUCUCGCCAUGCGUCGCCAAGCAAACCCGCAUGACCGAGGGACUUCUACCCGCUCAUGGUAUCACGAAAUGGAUAACGAACCCCAAAGAAUGGCUCGAGAAAUGUAAACCGACAUCGGUUCAGCAUGGGACACGAGCACCAGACAAACGACGUCGCAAAGUUUGUUUCGUGGAGCGGAGACAGUGUGACGCCACACGAGCGCUCUUCUUGUACAUCGAGAAGGUAAAUCUACGCCUGGCCGAUGGAGGGCGGGAAUGGGUGGAGGUGUAUGACUGGAGGGUGCUGGAGGAGAUGACCCGACAUGAGGACGACUCCGAUGGGCCAAUGCCUAAGAUUGCACGCACGAGUAUAUGGGAAAAGUGGUGGGUUGGACUAGCAUGA